AUGGGCCCGCGUCCGUGGACAGGUCACGAGCGUUACUUCCUGCUGGUGGUUGACGACUACUCGCGUUACACCACAGUCUUCCCCUUGCGCAGCAAGGGUGAGGUCACUGAGGUGUUGAUCGACUGGAUCCACGGUGCCCGUCGUCAGCUCAGUGAGCGUUUCGGCUCGGACCUUCCUGUUCUGCGUCUGCACUCAGACAGAGGUGGUGAGUUUUCCUCCGACCUUCUGAGGGCCUUCUAUCGGGCGGAGGGCAUCCGCCAGACAUUCACGCUUCCGGCCUCUCCCCAGCAAAAUGGGAUUGCUGAGCGCCGCAUUGGCAUGGUCAUGGACGUCGCUCGUACGUCCAUGAUCCAUGCGGCUGCUCCCCAUUUUCUGUGGCCGUUUGCGGCUCAGUACGCUGCGCAUCAGAUCAACCUUCAGCCUCGUGUCUCCUUGCCGGAGACCACACCUACUCUGCGGUGGACGGGGAAGGUUGGCGAUGUGUCCGCGUUCCGUGUCUGGGGAUCUCGAGCUUUUGUCCGCGAUACUUCAGCGGACAAGCUGUCCUCCCGUGCCGUUCCCUGCGUCUUCCUUGGCUUCCCCCCUGACGCACCCGGGUGGCAGUUCUACCACCCCACCUCGCGUCGUGUUCUGUCCUCUCAGGACGUCACGUUUGACGAGUCGGUGUCUUACUACCGUCUCUUUCCCUACCGCACUGCCCUUCUCCCCCCCUCGCCGCUCUUCCUAGCGCCAGGUACUCCUCCGGUAGACCCCCUAAACCCUGCCCCCUCAGGUGUGUCUCAGGUAGACCCUGCCGAGCCGGUCGAGGUAGCUGUCGACUCAGGUGCUGCUAGGGGUGCUGAGCCAGUGGGUGUGGGGACUGGGGGUGCGGAGCCUGGGGGUGCUGAGCCUGGGGGUGCUGAGCCUGGGGGUGCUGAGCCUGAGCGUGUGGAGCCUGGGGGUGCUGAGUUUGGGGGUGCUGAGCCUGCCCGUACUGCUGGUGCUGGAGGUGCUGCUGGUGCUGGAGCUGCUGGAGGUGCUGCUAGUGCUGGAGCUCCUGGAGGUGCUGCUGGUGCUGGAGCUGCUGGAGGUGCUGCUCGUGCUGGAGCUCCUGGAUGUGCUACUGGUGCUGGAGCUGCUGGAGGUACUGCUGGUGCUGGAGCUGCUGGAGGUGCUGCUGGUGCUGGAGCCGCUGGUCCAGGAGGUGCUCGUAUUGGAGGUACUGGAGCUGCUGGGACUGGUGGUGCUGCAGGCGUUGGAGUUGCAGGUACUGGAGCUGGUGGUGCUGCGGGAGUUCCUGUCGCCUAG